AAACAAUGAUAGUGAAAUAUUUUGAUUGAAGAGUUUUGGACAAAUGAUGGUUUCAAAUUGUAAGCCUUUUUCCUUAAUCCAAAAGCUGAGGCCAGUUUUUUUCUGUAUUACAUUUUAACUAUGCUCGUUUUAAACGGCUAUUAUAACACAAGUGACACUCGUCGUCCAUCGUUCGUCAACACGAUCAGCUGUUAAUUUCUACAAACCAUCGAGCCCCACUCACUCGUUUUGCGAUGGCCAAGAACUUCUAGGUGCCCGGCUGUGUCUAUAUGAGUUAUGAGUCGUUCCGAAUCCAAAUGUUCUCCCCACUCCCCAUCCGAGCCGAACAGUUCUUCAGAUUCAAUAACGAAAAACCGUUCACGCAGAUGAAGGAUAUAAAGCCCUCCGGUAUGGCCAAUUUUGGCCGUUUAGUCUACGCGCGCACGGAUCGUUCAGUUCUCUUUCGGUGGUGUGUUUAGUGAUUUUCGUUUAGCCGUUUUCUGAUUGAGAAGGAAUUUUUUGGUGCUAUCUGGAAGGAUGAAUCACAUCAUGUUGACCUUCGGAAUUGUUGUGGCCGUGCUGGUCACGGUUGGGUCCGGAUUCCCGGACGGAGCUCCACCUGACACGUGCGUCAAGACACGUUUCAAUCAGCCCAAUCAUGGCGCAGCACGUUCCCAGGAUCCACAAACGUCGCCGUUCCGGUUCACAGCCAGUGGCAACCAGUACGGACCAGGCACCCAGAUCCAGGUGGACAUAUCCGGCCACGAUGUGUUCCGGGGCUUCUUCCUGCAGGCUCGCGAUGCCCAGACCAACGAGUGGAUCGGCGAUUGGGUCGAAUCGGCCAACACCAAAACCAUUCCGGAAUGUUCCUCGAUAACGCACGCCGACAACAAGGACAAGGAGCGGGCCGCGUUUAUCUGGAGUGCCCCCAAGGAUCGCCAGGGACAGGUGUACUUCACUGGAACCAUUUUGAAGAACUACGGAACCUUCUGGGCGAACGUCAUUGCCGAAGUAGCUGCUGCGCCUCAUUAUGGCUAACAUGUUGUACUGCCUUAAAUGUGAGUAUCAUACCCAGUGGGGCGUUCAGAUAUUCAAAGAAACGCGUUAGGUGCUUUGUUCAGUAAAAAUAGUAAAGUAUAGAAAAUAGUAAAGUAUAGUAAAAAUAGAAAAAUCUCAUUUCUAGGAGGUGUAUUUUUGUUGUAAA